AUGGCGCGGGGCACUGAUGUUGCCGUGCGCAUGAUGUCCGGCGAGGUCAUCGAAGUGACCGCGCGCAGUCUUGCGGAGCUCCGUUCGUUGGUGGCGGCUUCGGCCCAGACGUGCGCCGACUUCUUGAAGCUGGUGCACGGUGAGAGUGUCCUGUCGGAUGAAGCCAUGGACGUGCAGCCGCUCGCUGGGGCCGAAGUGUUCUGCAUUGUCACACCCAGCGUGCCAGACUUGAUCAAGUCACUGCGCAAACACGAGUUCCAUUUUAGGGGUUUGAACGGAGUCACAUCAAAUGAAGCCCAAAAAGCGUACGGCUACAAUGUGCUUCAUGCGGCGGUACUGCUGGGCAAGCUUGAUAUGGUGCGAUUCUUUCUGGAGGAGGAAGAUUUCAACGGCGUCAACAGUACGGUUGCUGGCCAAAACGGCGUUAACGCUUUGCACAUUGCAGCCAAGCAAGGGCACGCGUCCAUCUGCAAGGAGCUGCUUUCUUGCCGCCGCUUCCUUCACCAGAAUGCGCAAAGCUGGGAUGGAACUGCGCUGCACGUUGCCGCGCGCGCCGGGCACGUGGAGGUCAUGCGCAUCCUGCUGGCCUGGGAUGGCUUCCGCGUGAACGAGCGCAUGGGAGUCCCCGAGUGGCACCAAAAUUGGCGCACGCGCUGCGGGCAGACGGCGCUGCAUGCUGCGGCGGAGCAGGGCCAACUGCAGGCAGCCCAGAUACUUCUGGACCACCCCCGCUUCGUGGAGGUGGGCGCCGUCACCAAGGCCUUCCAGGACGCCAUCGCGCUGGCGCACACCGCGGGGCACGGAGAGCUGGUGAAGCUCAUCCGGGAUCACCCCAAGGUGGUGGACUUCAAACGCCACGGCCGGUCUUUGUUUCCCCGCAGGCUCAAAGGUUUGAGUUUGAGGCCCGGCAACCCCUACCUGGCAUCAGUGAUGCCGAGCCCCCAGCACUACGCGCUUGCAUGCAACAUGGCACCGCAGAAUCAAGAGUCCAAGCACAUCAUCAGUCAGGACUCUUGGCGGCUAGUGAAGAUUGAGCCAGAGGUGCAGGACAUCGCAGACCACUUCGGCCUGGAUGAGCGGAUCACUGGGAAGCUGCAAGAGGCCCUAAACACCCGGCCAGAUCCGGGCACCGACCUGCAGGUGAUGUGGGAGAUCUUGGAUGAGGCGAGGAACCCGCCAGGCCUUACGAUGAUCAAGGCCGGGUUGCCAUGCCAUGGCAGCGCAUGGAUCUCUCUCUCUCUCUCUCUCUCUCUCUCUCUCUCUCUCUCUCUCUCUCUCUCUCUCUCUCUCUCUCUCUCUCUGUCUCUCUCUCUCUUUUUCUCUCUCUCUCUCUCUCUGUGUGUGACAUGUGUUGCCAGCAUGCCCUCCGCCCAUGGCAAUGCAUGCAUCAACUUCUUGCCAGGUCAAGGAGAUGCUGGAUGGCACUUUCCGUGCCGGGGAGCAGAAGGAUGCCAGGUUCUGAGGCAUUGCCAAACUGACUGGGAAGAAGAGUUGGAGUUUUGUGGGAUAUCCACGCGUUGCGGGCUUGGACACGGCGCUGUGGCUUCAGCUUGGAAUUCGCUGAUGUGCAACGCUUCAGGUUCAAAUUAG